CCCCACCUUUCAGUAUAUCACCUGUACACAGGAAGUCGAAUGGAUAGGCGGCUUGGUUUCUGUCGCUUGGAUCUGUCCACAAUAGGCAUACUAUCGACUUUUUAAAUAAACACAAAUUACUAUCGAAAUUAAUUAACUUUUCGGUUGUUUUGAUAUCCUUCAGAAUACUUUCUAACGGGGGGAAAUGACAACCUAUUCGUAAUGACUGGUGUGGAUCUACCUGCGAGACACCUGUCGCCGUAAUAUUGAAGACAAUGGACCGAGGCUGUCGAUAAUCAUUCUCAAGGCUUGUAGAAUUUGACCGAAACUGAAAAAAUAAAUAACAUUUUAAAGGACAGUGAAAUCAAAUAUCUGUCAAUUUCCACACGUGACGUUCUUCUGUUAUGGAUUCUGGGACGAAGUUCACCCCGAAAACGCAGGUAUUGUACUGUAACUAAUACAGUUGUUAUGUUAUCGAUUUUCUCUAAUCUAAGCAAUUCAUCAUAGCACGUUUCAUCAAUUUUUUAAAACAUUUUAGUCAUUUUAGCAGACGCUCUUAUCCAGAGCGACUUACAGUUAGUGCAUACAUUUUUCAUACUGCCCCCCCCGUGGGAAUCGAACCCACAACCCUGGCGUUGCAAGCGCCAUGCUCUACCAAUUGAGCUACAGGAGUUCACAAUACAAAUGUGGUAAGAUGAUAACAAUGGCAAUUAAUUAAAUUAUAACCUGGCAGCCCUUUCAUGCUUUGUACCUUCUCGUUAACAUGAUGAUUGGAGAAAAAGAGCAUGACUUGUGUGUAGAUCCACCCUGACACUGGCAUGGGAAAUCUGUGGUCAUACAAUGAGUCAAUGGGCCCUGUUGAUGAUAAGUGUACUUUAGAGAGAGUGCUGAAACCUUUAAGAGCAAGACGAAACAGGUGCCAAAGUGUGUGUGUGUGUGUGAAAGUGAGACACCAGGGAUCCUAAUGUGGGAAGCAGCUUGGCGUUGGGCUGUUCAUUCUGUGACGCGGGUGGGGGUGCUGGGUUGGUUGAGGCCCAUGGUUUUACACAUCCAGCCAGCAAAGUCCACCUCCUCCACCUCAGCACACUUGAUAAACAUAAUCAAAUGUAGGCUAUGUGUAAUUUUAAUAUAUUUGGGUGAAUACACCCCUGGUUUCCACUCUAGAAAUACACUGACUGCACAAAACAUUCGUACAAUGUCAGUGUAUUUCUAGAGUGGAAACCAGGGGUGUAUUCAUUGCAGCGAUUCUGUUGAAAAAGUAACAGAAAAGCAACAAAAACAUGUACUCCAAAUACUGUUGAGUUCUGUUUUCUUCUUAAACGGAAGUUGUAGUUCAGUCGUGUCUCUUCCAAAUAAAUAAGCGGCUGGAAGAAUUUGUAAGGAACCCCGUGGACUUCACUCCACUAUUGAGUUGCACCUCCUUUUGCCAUCAGAACAGCCUCAAUUCAUCGGGGCUUGGACUCUACAAGGUGUCGAAAGUGUUCCACAGGGAUGCUGUCCCAAGUUGACUCCAAUGCUUCCCACAGUUGUGUCAAGUUGGCUGGAUGUCCUUUGGUUGGUGGAUCAUUCUUGAUACACAUGGGAAACUGUUGAGCGUGAAAAACCCAGAAGCAUUGCAGUUCUUGACUCACUCAAACCGGUGCGCCUGGCACCUACUACCAUACCCCGUUCAAAGGCACUUAAAUCUUUUGUCUUGCCCCUCUGAAUGGCACACAUACACAAUCCAUGUCUCAAUUGUCUCAAGGCUUAAAAAUCCUUCUUUAACCUGUCUCCUCCCCUUCAUCUACACUGAUUGAAGUGGAUUUAACAACUGACAUCAAUAAGGGAUCAUAGCUUUCACCUGAAUUCACCUGGUCAGUCUAUGUCAUGGAAAGAGCAGGUGUCCUUUAUGUUUUGUAUACUCAGUGUAUUAUGUAAGCAGCAUUCCUCUCAGUGCUGCUCCCUUUGAAAUGGAAUGCCUGGUAGAUCAUAUGGCAUAGGCUGCAUGUGAGACAAUUUGUCAAAAGGGUAUGGCUCUUUAGACACUCGAGUAGUCUAUAACUGAUACAUUCAAGUAGGGUGUGGUUGUUGGAAAAUGUAGUAGUUGUUGAAUCAGACAGGACUUGACUUGCACUGGUUAAUUCAAUUGCAGUAACAAUUGAUAUAACUGCGUUAUGAAGGCACCAUAAGUAGUAAUAUGGAAGCUGAUAACACACCUAAGGACAGAUCAUUUGACAGGUUAGUACAUUCAUGUUGUCAUAGAUUGAUUGAAUGUGCUGUCGAUAUAAACCCAACUACUAUCUAGGGAGACAUUUCUCCAUGUUUUUUUGCUGCCAUUGUCAUGAGCACUGACAUGUUUAUGUUGAAAUGAAAUGCAAGUAAAAUAACAUUAUUUUCUCACUUGUAGGAUGAUGACUGGGAAAAUUCUGUCACAUUCUUGCCAGCCCCAGACACCAAGAAGCUGGAGAAAAAUAGAGGGAAUAAAACACUUUUUGUUGGGAUUGGCCUCGUGGGAUUGGCAGCAGUCAUUGCGCUCACGACAGGCCUGCUGGUUUGGCAUUUCCACUGUGAGUACAUUGUCCACCCUCACUCAACCCCUAUAGAGCCAUUACCCAUUAGUAUACUUAUUCUGGUCCCAGUAGUAUACUUAUUCUGGUCCCAGUAGUAUACUUAUUCUGGUCCCAUUAAUAUACUUAUUCUGGUCCCAGUAGUAUACUUAUUCUGGUCCCAUUAAUAUACUUAUUCUGGUACCAUUAGUAUACUUUCUCUGGCCUCAUUAGUAUACUUAUUCUGGUCCCAGUAGUAUACUUAUUCUGGUGCCAUUAGUAUACUUUCUCUGGCCUCAUUAGUAUACUUAUUCUGGUCCCAGUAGUAUACUUAUUCUGGUCCCAGUAGUGUACUUAUUCUGGCCUCAUUAGUAUACUUAUUCUGGUCCCAGUAGUAUACUUAUUCUGGUCCCAGUAGUAUACUUAUUCUGGUCCCAUUGGUAUACUUAUUCUGGCCUCAUUAGUAUAAUUAUUCUGGUCCCAGUAGUAUACUUAUUCUGGCCUCAUUAGUAUAAUUAUUCUGGCCUCAUUGGUAUAAUUAUUCUGGCCUCAUUAGUAUAAUUAUUCUGGUCCCAUUGGUAUACUUAUUCUGGCUUCAUUAGUAUAAUUAUUCUGGUCCCAGUAGUAUACUUAUUCUGGUCCCAGUAGUAUACUUAUUCUGGUCCCAGUAGUAUACUUAUUCUGGUCCCAUUGGUAUACUUAUUCUGGCCUCAUUAGUAUAAUUAUUCUGGCCUCAUUAGUAUAAUUAUUCUGGUCCCAUUGGUAUACUUAUUCUGGCCUCAUUAGUAUACAUAUUCUGGCCUCAUUAGUAUAAUUAUUCUGGCCUCAUUAGUAUAAUUAUUCUGGUCCCAUUGGUAUACUUAUUCUGGCUUCAUUAGUAUAAUUAUUCUGGUCCCAGUAGUAUACUUAUUCUGGUCCCAGUAGUAUACUUAUUCUGGUCCCAGUAGUAUACUUAUUCUGGUCCCAUUGGUAUACUUAUUCUGGCCUCAUUAGUAUAAUUAUUCUGGUCCCAGUAGUAUACUUAUUCUGGUCCCAUUAGUAUACUUAUUGUGGUCCCAUUAGUAUACUUAUUCUGGUCCACACUCCUGUCCCUCUCUUAUUUUGCAGUGCGUAGAGGAGAGGUGAGAUUGAAAAAGAUGUACAUUGGCUCUAUGAGUAUCACCAACCAAAAAUUUAUAGAUUCCUACGACAACCCCAACAGCAAUGAGUUCAAACAACUGGCCAUGCAGGUGUCACAGCAGGUAAGACAGGAUGAUGAGGAUCUGUAUCUUUAGGAGUCCUCUACACUAAAACCACACGUUGCUAAAUGGCUGUUGAAAAAAGUAUUUGUGUGUCUGCUGUUUUCUGUUGUUUCUACUUUAUCACCUUCUCUAUGAUUUAGAGCAGGUCCUGGUAGCUACAAUAACAUGUUUUAUCUUGCUGCUUUUCAGCUGAAGCUGAUCUACUCUAAACAUAAAGAUCUGGAUAAAUAUUUAGUGGGAUCCACAGUGCAAGCCUUCAGGUAUUAGUUCCCCAUUUAACCACUCCCUUAAGGUCACUUUGAAAUACACAGAUAGUUAUGGUUGCUUACCUAAAGUUGAUGACAUUAUAAAGACAUUACAACAAAGGGUAGCAGACAGUACAUUUGUUUCAAUUCAACCCACAAUUGUUAUGUUUUCUUGCUGCUUAUUCUAAAUCACAAUGUGUCUUUCCACUGUAGUGAAGGCAACGGAGGGAGUGAGGACAAUGUAGUGGCCUACUACCUGUCUGAGUUUGAUGUACCGAUCGGUCGUAAGUCUGCAGUGGAUGAAGCUAUUGUCUCCAUGGAUCCGAUGGAGGGAAGUCCGAAGGGGAGGAUGGGGAUGGGUCGCCGGCCGACCAGCUCCCUGCUCAUCAACAAUGUGAUGUCUGGAGGUACAGUAAAUGGUUCAUAUCACUCAGCCUUGGGAUGUGAAGGUACCUAUACUCUUGUAUGCAUCCCUAUUAUAGCCUAUGUUAAUAGGAGCUUUUUUAGUCAUUUCUUUCACAGUCUCUAUCCAAAGGAUAAAAAAAAGAGCUGUUAAAGAUCAGACCAGAUUUGUUUUAUUUGCUCCAUGCUACUGUCUUAUAUGUGUCUCAAUUCCACAGCUCUGGAUGCACGUAUGACAAACGCCAUAUUGAAUGGUGAGAAACAACAUUCGCUGUUAUGGUUUCAACUAUUAUAAUAAUAUAUAAUAUAAUAUGCCAUUUAGCAGACGCUUUUAUCCAAAGCGACUUACAGUCAUGUGCGCAUACAUUUUUACGUAUGGGUGGUCCCGGGGAUUGAACCCACUACCCUGGCGUUACAAGCGCCAUGCUCUACCAAUUGAGCUACAGGCCGUCAAAAUGCAUCUCACUGAGCUUGUCUACUAUAUUUGUCUGUCCGUUUCUCAGCCCCCCAAACCUAUUCCUAUCACAUCAGUGAGAAUAACACGGCCACAUUACAGUCACCUGGCUUUCCUGAUUCUCCAUACCCUCCAAACACAUACGUAGCGUGGAGACUACAUGCUGACCGAGGCUACAGGAUUAAACUGGAGUUUGACACCUUCAGCUUAGAGGGUGACUGUCAGAACGACUUCAUCAAGGUGUAUGACUCCCUGGUGCCAUUGGAGCAGCGUGUCAUGGCAGAGUGAGUAGUAAGGAGUUGUACAGUACUUUUAGGAUCAAGAGAAAGUGGAGACAAGAAACAUAGUCAACAUUUUCCCACUGAUAUUUCCUUCAGAUUCCUGCCUCGUGACUCAUGAGUUCCAUCCAAGUGCAAUUGUCUGCCUCAGUUAAAUCAUGUGUUGAUCUCUGUCCAGGAAAUGUGGAUAUUACACUCGCAAUGAGCCUCUGUCGUUCAUUUCCUCUGGAAACGUCAUGCUGCUGACACUGGUAACCAACAAGGAGAAGAACUACCCUGGCUUCAGAGCCACCUACUCUCAGGUUCCCCUCAAGAGCCAAGGUGCAGCUACUAUUAGGAUGAUCAUGGGGUGUGGAAUGAAUAUCAUGUUGUGUCCCCAAUGGUCAUGAUACUCAUGAUCUGUUUCUCUUUCUGUGUAGAUUGUGGUGGUAAAUUAUCAGGACUUAAUGGCACCUUCACAUCUCCAAACUUUCCCUCCCAUUACCCACCUCUCACCAAGUGUGUCUGGGACAUUGAGGUAAACAAAUGUUCCAUUUUUGUUGUGGAGCCUGCUGCUGCUGCCCUUAUAGAGUGAGAAUCUGUAUAUUUUAACUUCAACCUACCAUUCUAUUCUCUUUCAGGUCCCAGAAGGGAAGUCUGUCAAGGUGCAGUUCAACAAGCUGUUGAUGUCUGAGCCAGGACAGAACAAUAAUAAUUGUCCUAAGGACUAUGUAGAGGUCAACAGUGAAAAGUGAGUCAUGGUAUCUUCUUGGUGUCAGUAUAUCCGUUAUGAAUUUUGAAGAAUGUACUAUUAAUAUCAGCAAUGUCCCUAAUUGAUGCACAUUGCUGAUCUUUGCCUCUUUUUGACAUUCUGUGUUGCAGGCUAUGUGGAGAUAAGCCCUACAGCACUGUGGUCACCAACACAGUCAACAAGAUAGUGGUGAUAUUUAACUCGGACAUGUCCUAUGUGGAUUCAGGUUUCACUGCUGAGUUUGAAGCCUUUGUGCCAACUACUCGUAAGCCAGAAACAUUGUUAUCAGUACACAGUUUUUUCUUAAACUAACAUCUACAGUGUAUACUUUAAAACCUGUUGUGAGUACAGAUUUGCAGUGAUUACAGACCAAUAACUACAUUAUAACAUGUCUAUUCUUCUCAAGUGUUUCCGUCUGAGUGUGCUUAUGUUUAUAAAGUCACCUUCGUAAACGGAUACUUGAUUUGACUCUACAAGAGAGAUUAGGCUACCUCCAAAUUAUUAUGUGAUCUAAGUUGAUGUCUUGUCUCUGUACAGAGUGUGAGCCAGAUCAAAUCAAAUGUAGAAAUGGUCUGUGUAAAGUCAAGUUCUGGCAGUGUGAUGGCGUCAAUGACUGUGGGGACAGCACAGACGAGGAAAACUGUGGUAAGUCAACAACAUACAUCAGUGGAGAGGUCACACAUAAGAUUAUAUCAUCAUUGUUACCACUGUGUGUUACUGAAUGUUGUUUCCUAUGUCCUCUCUGCAGGGAGUUGUAAAUCAGGAGAGUUUUCCUGCCGGAAUGGAAGCUGUAUCUCAGAGAGACUGAAAUGUGAUGGUCGUGCUGACUGUGCUGACGGCUCUGAUGAAUCAAAGUGCGCAAAAUGUACGUAUCCAAAGAGAAAUAGUUGUAGUAGAAUACAACUGGCUACCAAUAUAAUCAUGACCUUUGACCUUUGUGUGACUGACUCCUCAUCUCCUUGUGUCCAGCUCUAGUCCUGCAAUGCUCAGAGUAUACUUACAAGUGUAAGAACAACAUGUGCAUUAGCAAGCUGAACCCAGAGUGCGAUGAAGAAGAGGACUGUGAUGAUGGCUCAGACGAGGCAAACUGUCGUAAGUUUAGAUAUCUCACACAGCUGCCUCUACAUCAUCAGACCAACUUUUACCACCAUUACCCUGACUUCUGAAUGUCAUUUUAAUGUAAUUUUAUUUGACAGUUUAAAACAACAGGCAACCAAUACAUGUACCAAAAUCCCAGAGGAUUAUGUAGACAAAAAGUCAGACUUGUUUCCAUUGUGGUCCUCAUUAAUUUGCAGAUUUGUUUGUGCGUGUGUCUGUGUGCAGAGUGUGGUAUACGGCCUUACAGACACUCCCGUAUUGUGGGUGGGCAGGCCUCCAUUGAGGGGGAGUGGCCCUGGCAGGUUAGCCUUCACAUCCGAGGGUCUAAACAUGUGUGUGGAGCCUCAGUUAUCAACGACCGCUGGCUCGUCACUGCUGCCCACUGUGUCCAGGAUGACGUCAAAGUCAAGUACGUACUCACUUUAUUGUUCCUACUCUUACUACGUUUUAUUCACACCACUGUACGUUUUCCCACUUUAUUUACUGCUCUAAGGACUGUUCCCUGUAACCGCUCCUGUUUUCAGUUCAGCUUUCAAAAUCUGUGAACUAAGAGUGUGUGUUCCAACAGGUAUUCUCAACCUCAACAAUGGGAAGCAUACCUUGGGCUUCAUGUUCAGAGUCAGACUAACAAAUGGACGGUGAAGAAGAACCUGAAACAGAUCAUCCCCCACCCUGGCUACCAAGCCCAUACCUACGACAAUGACAUAGCUCUUAUGGAACUGGACAGUCCUGUCACACUCAACCAGAACAUCUGGCCAAUCUGUCUUCCCACAGCCACGCAUGACUUCCCUGCUGGCAAGCCAGUGUGGAUCACUGGCUGGGGGACCACCAGAGAGGGGGGUGAGUAGAAUCCGGUGUAUAGCUGCAGUAGUUUCCCCCACCUUGUUCUGUAGUAAUACACUUCACAUUUCCUCUGCUAUUAUUAUUAUUAUUAUAAUUUCUCUCCCCAAUUUCGUGAUAUCCAAUUGGUAGUUACAGUCUUGUCCCAUCGCUGCAACUCCUGUACGGACUCGGAGAGGCGAAGGUCGAGAGCCACUCGUCCUCAGAAACAUGACCCUGCCAAACCGCACUGCUUCUUGACACACUGCUUGCUUAACCCGGAAGCCAGCCGCACCAAUGUGUCGGAGGAAACACCUUAGAACUGGCGACCGUGUCAGCGUGCAUGCGCCCGGCCCGCCACAGGAGUCGCUAGAGCGCGAUGGGACAAUGACAUCCCGGCCGGCCAAACCCUCCCCUAACCCGGACGACGCUAGGCCAAUUGCGCGUCGCCUUAUGGGUCUCCUGGUCACGGCCGGCUGCGACACAGCCUGGGAUCGAACCCGGAUCUGUUGUGACGCCUCAAGCACUGCAGUGCCUUAGACCGCUGCGCCACUCGGGAGGCCCCAUUUCUUCUUGUUUUAACCUCUGACUACUGUUGAUGCUGACUGAGUGUCAUUCACUAUCCCAGGUUUCGAGGCAUCAAUGUUGCAGAAGGCAGAGGUCCGUAUCAUUAAUGGCACAGUGUGUAACACCCUGAUGGAAGGACAGACGACUUCCAACAUGUUAUGUGCUGGUGUACUGGAUGGAGGAGUAGAUGCCUGUCAGGUAACCCACCCAGCAGCUAGACAAUCUUUCUUGUUGCAUAUUUAUCUUUCCCCCUCUUUACGUUAUCAUCAUCAUGCUGUCUUUGCCCUGCUCCUUCUGACAGGGAGACUCUGGAGGUCCGUUAUCCUCCAUGGGGCACAGUGGACGUUUCUUCUUGGCCGGAGUGGUGAGCUGGGGGGACGGCUGUGCCCGCAGGAACAAACCUGGCGUCUACACCCACGUCACCAAAUACAGGGACUGGAUAAAGCAGAAGACCGGGGUGUAGCUGAGAA